GAUCUUAGAAGCAAAGGUGCCUCCCUUGCCCUUGCCCCUAACCCAAGUGGGUCCUGACCACCGAGACUUGGUCCUCUUGUGAUCUGAUUUGCAGGCCUCUUCUGUGGCCUCAAGGGGGUAAUGAAGAGUGAGAUAAACCCCAGCGUAAGUCCCAGCUCUGCUGUGUGACCUGAGACAAACCACACAGCUGAGCCUCAGUCUCCUCAGUUCUAAAAUGGGCCCACUAUGACGCUCUCAAAGGGUUGCUGCCCCCAAAGCAUAAGGGACUGACUACCCGGCCUCAUAAAUUCCAGCUGUCCAGUCCACAGGCCAACUGCACUCCCUCUGGAAUCUCAGCUGUCUGUCUGUCCUGCCUCCUCCCCCAAGUGUCCAAGUCCCUGUCUGGGCCCCGGGAGGAAGCCGUGGGGGCUGUUGAACAUGGACCCUGAACGUUGAAAAGGAGGCCCCAGGCCAGGGCCAAUGGGCUCCGGGAAAAGGGCAGCUGGGUGGGGAGGGAGCAUCUGUAUACCAUCAGCUUUCUGGAGAGGCGUCGCCAGGUCCCUGAGCAGGGGCCCACCUGGGGAAUUAAGAGGAGAGGGGGGCUGGAGAGAGACACCAUCCCAGCGAGUGAGCCAGUGCAGCGGAUGCUCUCGUUCCCGAGCCUCCCCAACCCUCCUCCCGGGCGUCUCGCUGAAUCUCUCUGUCCUCUGAAGCAGGGGUCAUCGUUAUCCCUGUUUUACAGAGAAGAAAACUGAGGCUCAGAGAGAGGAAGCGACUUGGCCAGCUUCCUCGGGCCCGGGGCGCCCUCUGCUCCACUGUCCCCCGCGCCGCGGUGACCGCUCAGUGGCCUGGCGCGGGGGAGGGCCCGGGGCGGGGCGGGGCGGACCGACGGCCCGGGGCGGGCGGCCGGGAGGCGAGCCGCGGGCCAUGGAGGCUGGGGGCUGCCUCUACCAGUUCCGGAUCGCGCUGCUGGGGGACGCGGCCGUGGGCAAGACGUCGCUGCUGCGGCGCUACGUGGCGGGCGCGCCCGGGGCCCCGCAGCCGGAGCCCGAGCCCGAGGCGGAGCCGCCCACGGUGGGCGUCGAGUUCUACAGCCGCGCGCUGCAGCUGCCGGCCGGGCCGCGCGUCAAGCUGCAGCUCUGGGACACGGCGGGCCACGAGCGCUACAGGUGCAUCACCAGGUCCUUCUACCGGAACGUGGUGGGUGUCCUGCUGGUCUUUGAUGUGACAAACAGGAAGUCCUUUGAACACAUCCCAGACUGGCACCAGGAGGUCAUGGCCACUCGUGGCCCCGACAAGGCCAUCUUCCUGCUGGUUGGCCACAAGAGUGACCUGCAGAGCACCCGCUGUGUCUCGGCUCAGGAGGCAGAGGAACUGGCCACCUCCCUGGGCAUGGCCUUCCUGGAGACCUCAGCCAAAAAUAACUGCAACGUGGAUCUGGCUUUUGACACCCUUGCUGAUGCCAUCCAGCAGGCCCUGCAGCAGGGGGACAUCAAGCUGGAGGAGGACUGGGGGGGUGUCCGACUUAUCCACAAGACCCAAAUCGCCAGGUCCACCAGCAGGAAGCAGCACCCAGGCCCAUGCCACUGUUGACUCUGGGAGGGAACGGGUUAAAGUGGUGCUGGCCUCCGAGGAGCUGGCGGGAGGGAGAGUUAGUGUCCCUCUGGAGGGCAAAUGGAAGAAUGUGUGCAAAGGGUUAAUAUAAAGUCUCCUGGCAAAGUCA